AUGAGACUGCUGCUGCUACUUUCGAUAUCCUGUUUGGCGAGCCGGUUUGGCGCCGAUUGCCGGGCAGUCGAUGAUUCUGGGGAGGACGAGAACUCCGUCGGGAGGCACAGGCACAAAUUCACCGUCGACGAGCUGUUGAACACCAAAUUCCCGCAUGGCAUCAGCGACGACGUGGACGUAGACGUUUGCAAAGCUGGUGGGUUCCUGGGCGACAUUGCUUUACCAAACAUCAAAUACGAGACUGAAUGGCGGCAGCAGAAGCUGAACAAGAGUUAUUUGGAGGAGCUCGAGAAGUACCGCGACGAGGUCCUGAAAGAGGGUCUCCAGGUCGAGGAAGAGGGUCUCACAGAGAUCCUUCAAUUUAAAAAUGAGCACGACGCUAACGAGGCGCAUCAGGAGAACGAUGAGAUCGUGGCUUCUCAAGAGAAAUCCGAACCAAUUAUGGUAAACCGGAAUCAAUAUAGUAUGGACGGCGAGCCGGAGGGUGGAUUCAGUUUUAACGCGAGGAACGAGGACGCCAGGCCUGGGGUGAGGGACGAGGGCGUUGAAUUCAGGCUAGAGUCGACAACCCCAGCGGCGAAGAAGAGGCACUCGUCUCGAAAACAGGGACGGCAAACCAAAUCGAACGAUACAAAAUCGAUGCAGUCGUUUUUGAGAACGUCUCAAGAGUUGAACGCGUUCCCCACGACCACUGAGAGCGCGAAUCGGAGGAAAAAUCAGAACGUGGAAAACCUGGAGGAAUCAUUCACCGUUCAACCAGAGACCAGCACGCAGAACACAUCGAAACGGCGUCAUCGACGCCAUCAUCGCAGGAGAACCAGGAGAAGGCAUCGUCGACGCAAGAUACCGGUGAUCAAAAAAGACUUCGAAGAUUCGUCGGACGAAGUGAUUUCGUGGCACGAUCGGCAAUUGCGUUCGAUCGAAUUCUACGACAUGGAGCAUAAGCCGAAGUAUCUCGCGAACAAGAGGGGCACCACGAGGCACCGAUUUUCGAGCAGGACGCGGAGGGCCGCGACAGCUCGCAAGGAACGCGUGUGGGAUCACGGUGUGAUCCCUUACGAGAUCGAUGGGAAUUUCUCUGGCGCUCACAAGGCUUUGUUCAAACAGGCUAUGAGACACUGGGAGAACUUUACUUGCGUUAAAUUUGUAGAAAGGGUCCCUGGCGAGCAUCCUAAUUAUAUACUCUUCACGGAAAGGCCGUGUGGUUGCUGUUCGUUCGUUGGGAAAAGGGGUAACGGUCCCCAGGCGAUAAGCAUCGGGAAGAAUUGCGACAAGUUUGGAAUAGUGGUACACGAAUUGGGCCACGUAGUUGGUUUUUGGCACGAGCACACCAGGCCCGAUCGGGACCGUCACGUACAGAUCAUUCGCGACAAUAUCAUGUCCGGUCAGGAAUACAAUUUCAAUAAGCUGACCGAAGAGGAAGUGAAUUCUCUCGGCUUGCCUUAUGAUUACGAUUCCAUCAUGCACUAUGCAAAAAACACGUUUUCGAGGGGUACAUAUUUAGAUACGAUUUUGCCAAUGGAAAUUCAUGGGAAGAAACGACCUGAGAUUGGUCAGAGGUUGCGUCUCAGCGAGGGUGAUAUCGCUCAGACGAAUCUUCUCUACAAAUGCUAUAAAUGUGGCAGAACGUUUCAAGAAAAUAGCGGUUCGUUCGGUUCGCCUUCUCACCCGAAUAGUUCGCCGCCACCCGAAGGCGAGAGAUGCGAAUGGAGAAUCACAGCCACGCACGGUGAACGAAUAGUCCUUAACAUUACGUCUCUGGACAUAUUCAAGAGUAAUUACUGUCGCAGUGAUUAUUUAGAGAUCAGAGAUGGAUACUGGCACAAGAGCAACGUGCUCGGUCGUUACUGCGGAAGCGGAAAGAUCCACGAGCCAGUGGUCUCCACCGGAAGCCGGAUGCUGGUUACAUAUGUAACGUCGGGUCACCAGACCGGGCAUCGGGGUUUCACGGCGAGCUACGAGGCCGUUUGCGGGGGCGAGAUCGAGCUGGAGGACACGGGCCAUUUGGAAUCGCCCAAUUACCCGGAGGGCUACCAAUCGAGCAAGGAGUGCGUCUGGAAGUUGUCCGUACCGGAGAACUUCCAAGUAGCACUAAAGUUUCAAUCGUUCGAGAUCGAAAACCACGACAACUGCGUGUACGACUACGUGGAGGUGCGGGACGGUCAUAACGCGGACUCACCACUAAUCGGCGUUUACUGCGGGUACAAGAUACCGCCGGACAUUAAGUCGACCUGGAACAAACUUUUAGUGAAGUUCGUUAGCGACGGAUCGGUGCAGAAGGCUGGAUUCUCCGCCACGUUCAUGAAAGAAUUCGAUGAGUGCGUUCUGAUCGAUCACGGAUGCGAACAUAAUUGUAUCAAUACUUUGGGAGGUUUCGAGUGCUCUUGCAAACCCGGUUAUGAAUUGCAUUCCGAUGGGAAACGGUGCGAAGAUGCCUGCGGUGGAUUAUUCGAGGAUAAUAACGGAACUAUCACCAGUCCAUCGUUCCCGGUGACUUAUCCAGGGAACAAGGACUGCGUCUGGGAAAUUAUAGCACCGCCUCAAUACCGUAUCACGCUGAAUUUCACGCAUUUCGAUCUGGAAGGGAACAAUGCCCGUCAACAGGAGUGCGAGUAUGACUCGGUCGAAGUGAGCAGCAAACUUGGAGACGAUCUAUUGAGGAAGCACGGAGUAUUCUGUGGCUCGAGAUUACCGCCAUUGAUCACCUCUGAACGAAACUCUAUGCGAGUCAAAUUUACCUCAGACAAUAGUAUCCAGAAAACUGGAUUCGCAGCAAUUUUCUUCACGGACAUGGACGAGUGCGCGGACAAUAACGGUGGCUGCCAGCACGAGUGCAGGAACACAAUAGGCUCUUAUCAAUGUUCCUGUCAUAACGGGUUCACGCUUCACGAAAAUGGACGCGACUGCAAGGAGGGUGGCUGCAAAUACGAAAUCGUCGCCCCUGUGGGUACCAUAACUUCCCCGAACUAUCCGGACUAUUACCCCGGUCUCAAAGAUUGCGUCUGGCACUUUGUUACCAAACCAGGACACCGUAUUAAAUUAGUUUUCAAAGUCUUCGAGAUGGAAUCCCAUCAGGAAUGCAAUUACGAUCAUAUUGCCAUUUACGACGGGGACUCGCCCGACAGCCACGUCCUUGGCAAGUUCUGCGGCACCAAAGAACCGCAUCCAAUCUUGGCAACUGGGAAUCAGAUGUAUAUGGUAUUCAAAAGCGACGCUUCCGUCCAGAGGAAAGGGUUCCUCGCCACUCAUAGCACUGCCUGCGGUGGCCACUUGAUUGCGACAAACGAGGUGAAGCAUUUGUACUCGCACGCGAAAUACGGCACCCAUCCCUACGACCAUAGAACCGAUUGCGAUUGGGCGAUCGAGGCACCGCUUGGUAAAAACGUUCACUUGACUUUCGUCACGUUCCAACUUGAAUCGGAGACCGACUGCAAUUACGAUUUUGUUGAGGUUUACUCUGGUUUGGACACUUCCGGUCUUCUGUACGGACGAUAUUGUGGCAACAGUAACACCACAGAUUUCAUAUCGAUAAACGAGGCGUUGUUGGUGAGAUUCAGGACAGACGACACGAUAGCGAACAAGGGAUUCAUGGCACUGUUCAUCGCGGUGGACAGACAGGACUCUGGUGAAAAUUAUGGAGGUUCCGAGGACGAGGAUGCGGACGAAGAGAAUCUCUGAUCCGUGGCAGGCCUCGCGAAUCGAUUAGGCUACGGAUACCACAUCGGUUCGCUUUUGCAGAAUAACGAUGGGGGUGAAGAAUACGAGUAGCCACUCGUUUCUCGACGGAAUCCGAAGCGUGAACCAUAGUCGGUCGUCGAGGCCGGGAAAUGCGUUUGUUUCAACUGACGGAUGAACAAGAUUUGAAUCUGAGAAUCAAGGAGAGCAGACAGCCUGCUUGGAGUCGGAGAAGUGUCUCAAGAAUAAUUUAUUACAGCGACAGCGUUAGUUAAUGGCUUCACCAUUGGAUUAGCGUGUACGACUCGAAGUUCGGCCUAGAGACAGGCCAAUCGUGCCAUUGUAUGUUUAGAUAGAACGCGUUGCACUACUAUGACCCAGUGAUAAACAGGUUCAACAUGAAAAUGAUGUAAGCAUCACGCGGUGGUUGCUAAAGUGAUCGUUUUAAUAUUUAAUCGAACAGUGUCUCAUCGAUGUGCGGAAUUAUUCUAAGCGAAUACAAUAAGAAGAUGACGAAGACGAGAAUAAGAGAUAGUCAACGGGGAACGAAACUGAUGUUCUCUCAAACACUGCCCUGUACCAAACGAUUCGAUCACGUUCAGCUUUUGAAUCGACUAAUCCCCGAGUCCUGUUUUUAUCUUUCCUUUUAUAGGAUACUCUGUGGUAUUCACGGAUAAACGGUUCUAAUAUCACAACAUGCUGGUUGCAAUGAAAGUGGUCUAAAUCAAAGUAAAUAUAAAUCAAUGCGACAUAAUGAAAAUGUCCAUUCUUUCAUUUAAACCACUUUUACGAUGACCAGAACGAAUAUGUUCUGAACCCAACGGCAGAAGAAGCGAAGAAAAAAAUCUUCCAAAACUCGUGCAGAUACUUGGAAUAAUCUAGAUGUAAAUUUAGAUACGCUGAUCUAUCCUGAAGAGUCAGCGAUAGGGAUUUAACGGCGAGCCUCGAGCGAGGUACUCGUCGAGCGUUUAUUGUACAUAGAUAAAAGUUUAGACGUAGACGUCGUGCCGUUUUAUAUCGUAGUUAUAGGAUCGACGACGAAAAGGAAAAAAAAAAAAUGAAAUGUCUCGUUAUCGUGUGAAUUCCGGUUCUCAACUCUGUAUUUUCGUGUGUACGUUACAGGAUGUUUAAAAACUAAUUCCAAUAGCGACCUUUCGCAGAGUAUCAAAUUCAGGCAGAUUAAGUUAACUGACUAGAUAAUAGCAUCUGAUGCAAAUUGUUGGUAUUUUCAGGAAGUACUAGAAUAACCGAAUCUUUAAUAAUUUUAUCGUAGAUCAUCCGAUUCGAGUAUUGGUCGGAUCGUAUUCAACUUGCAUCUAAACAGGAGGGAAACGUUUUUGUACGUUGCGUAAUUAAAGCGAGAGCAGAAAGAAAACGCAGAAAGUAACGAUAUCCUUAAUUUUGAAAUUUGCGGUCGUUUUUCUACGUGACUCACUGCCCAGUGUACGAUUACUAUUAGACUGCAAAUAUUCACUUGGAAAAUUGAAAAAUAAUAAAAAUCUGCGUUCUGUUUUUCGUAGAUCUAAUUUAUGAAAAAUUGCACAACAUAUUUGACUGUCCUGACGAUGCACAGAAAAAACUGGCAUACUUUUACUACUGUUUAAUUCAAUUGAGAAACGAAUACGGCCUACCUACAUUGCAGAAACAGGUUUGCGAGUAAACACUGCGGAGAGAUUUUAAUGUUCUGUCCGCGAGCGUACCGUGUGCGAGCGAGUACGCGCAAAAUGUAAGGGGAAAGAUCCAUACGCCUAGAGUCACACGUAUAGAUGAUAAUACCAUAUCUAUUGUACGACGAUAAGAGCAAUAUUAAGCGCCGCGUCAAGUUCCUUUUUGUAAAUUAUAUGUGAUUUAUUUGUUCUCAGAAAUAUACGUUAUAGUCACUCUA